AUGGCGACAUCUAUUAGGUUAGACACUCUUAAGGACUGUCUUCAGUUCCUGGAGUGGUUGUAUAGUGGGAAGGGAAAGAGUAUACAACCUCAGGUUGCUACCGCACUGGCUGACCGUCUUAAAUACAAAUAUAAUGAUGCAAAUACAGGUAAAAUCGCAUCUGCAUUAUCCGCUUUCCUCACUAAAGUAAACACGUUUCAUAAGAAAUUAUGCAGCAACGCACAGUCGGGCAGUUAUGGAGGCACACAACCUAUUGAUGUUCUUAACGCUCUUCUUCAAUGCAUUCCAAAAUUCUUCGCCUCAUUGUACUUUUUGCGGUACAACGUAGAUGUAAAUUUUAAAGCAGUUGGCGGCGGGGAGUGGGCAGAAAAAUAUGUUGCGUAUUAUCAUAACGAGCCACUUGACAAGUAUCUCUAUGCGACAUACAAGGAGCAACAAUACGGCGUAAUUCCUGGUGGAUUCAAGCAAGGCGAGGUUAAAAAUUGGGAUACAUACCAUGGCUAUAUACAAGGCAAACAUUUAUUGAAGCAUAUAACAGACAUUCUGAAUAAAUAUUCCACUACUCACAAUUUUUUUCUCGAUGUUUUCUCCACUUCGGUAAUCCCAGAUUACGGGACACACGAUUCCAAUACCGCGAAUGUUCUUGCAUUAGUGCGAUCGUUUUGCGACAUCGUAAAAAAUGAGAAUAAUCAGAGAGGUGGAGAGUUAAUUAAAAAAUUAAAUCAGGACUUAGUAACAAGAGGAGCCUCCAUAUGUUGGGAUAAUUUGAAAGCACAUUGUGAAACGCUUAAAACCGAAUUUAGCAAAAUUUUCACCGACCAACGCUUUUCAUUUACCGGUUACGGACGAGAACCUAAAGAUCUCAGCAAUGAAAAUUUUGCUCAGACGACUGCGGCCUGGUUGAGAAACAAUUUGAAAAUUAUUAAGAUGAAGUUAGAAAAGAUUCAACCUUUUGACACCACGAAAGUCAAUUUUAAUAGUAAAUUGUUUCGUAAUAUCAAUGUUUUACUUCCUACUCAGUCAAAAGCGUUUGCGGACUAUUUCACGGAUAACUUUUUCCAAUAUGAAUUCACAUUUUAUUCCAACAAGUAUGAAACCCGAAGCACUCAGUAUGCGGAUUUGUUUAAAAAUUGGCAAGAAGUAAUUAGUAUGCUUCGUAAUACAGGCGGCGGUUUGGAUCGCCUAACAACAAUUUUGGACGGUGAAUUGUGCCCACAGAAAGGCGACGAAGAACAUAAUGAUGAUAAAAAGUUAGAAGAUGAAGAUGCUUCCCCUGAACCUGAAAAAGUUGAGGCUCCACCUGCCAAGGUUCCCGAGACCCCAAAGGAAGUAGUGCCAGAGAAGAAAGUAGCAGCUCCCAAAAAGCCGGAAGUGCCACUAGAAAUAAAUUCUGCAGGUAAUCAAAAUCAGGGCAAGAAAGCGGAGAGUGCACAGAACCAGGGCAAGAAAGCGGAGGGAAAUCAAAAUCAAGGAAAUGAUCACAGUGUAGCAAAUACUUCUAUUUCACCGGUUUCACAGGCGGUACGAACUCAGAGUUCAAGUGUUCAAAGUCCAGACUCCGGGUCACCUGGUGCUACUGGUCCCAGUAGUGGUCCGGGCCCGGGUGGGCAGGCGGAUGUUUCUGACGCUGGUCAACCAGGUGUCCAAAAGGCUCAGGCAAAUGGAGACGCCAAUGGUACGGCGUCCAAUACUCCAGGUGCUGGUUCAGUUGGCGAUGUAGGUAACGGAGGAAGUGGUGGCCCCGGUCAUCAGGGUGAAAACCCUCAAGUUCCUGUUGACAAUUGUCCAAGCUCCAAGGGGUUCAUGAAGAUUAAACUUUGGCGUGAUGGCGGUACGUACUGUGUACGCCAAGCUGAUUAUAAUGAACAAGAAAAACGCAAUAAGAAGUGGGACGAACAACAACGGGAAUACGACAAACGAAUGGAACAAAUAAGGAUAGAGGAGCAAGAGGCACAACAAAAGCAAGAAGUAAAUCAAGGUAGGAAGGACGCGAGAGCUUAUCGCAAGGAAGUAGUAAACGAUCAGCGGGAAACACUCGAAUCGAUGGAACGAAAGCCUCAGCAAAUACAUGAUCAAUAUCCGAGUGAAUUGCGUCAAAUGCAACAAGAGCAAUUGUUGGCCCUAGAAGGCUCUGUGAUCACUAACACAAAACCGAGAGCACAUAUGGAUGUAGACAAAGUGUAUCGCCACACAUUAAGUGAUGUUGACGGCAGAAUGAUAUCUGAUACUGACCGUGCAGUAGUCGCUUUCUACGGUGACGAAUUUGGGCGGGGUGAGAUUCCACCGGUCGAAGCAGUUCCAUCUACGAAGUCACAUGUGUCUGAUGUGAUAGGAAUGCCUACAGCCUCGAUCGCCGUUCCUGCUCCACCUGUUAGUUACCAUCCCAGUCGUGAGAAUAGGUUGGGUAUGAUUCCACCUCCUGUAGAAGAGAAUCCGUCGACAAACGAUCAACGAGAUUCUACGUUGAAGCCUGACGAUAUAUCUGUUGGUGGAAGUGUAAUACCUAUGAUGCCGUUCCCAGGCGUGUAUAACAUUGAGUUGAGCUUACCACAGAAACCUAAAGUUCAGGUUAUUCCUAACCCUAAGCAACGUUCUCCAUUGCCACCUAUCGCGCUUUCCGAAUAUUCUGGUCACCAUUACUAUAUUCCAUCUAAAUACCCAUUCAUAGCAACCGUUGACGACCAAACAGUUGAGAAAAUGUUGAAUGUAACCGGUACCUCAAAUAAACUGCAGACGGCUCAAAUUGUCGGUGAUAGUAACGUAGCGACGUUGUCGACACCGGAACUCACAGGCAACAUUAUUUCUGCUUUCAAACAAGAUCCUCGCACGUCACGUUUUCCACCAACUUCGAAACCUUAUGGAGAUGAUGAUGAUGCUUCGGUAGAAUACGCAUCAGCCGUUACAUUUAACGACAAUAUCAUGAAAACAAUGGCUGGUGUAGCCGGUCACCCGGUUGUUGGUACUAACGGGCAAGUGGAUAUAUCCCAGAUUCCGACUGCCAUUUCGCUAGACGCCGGAGACAUACACCAUCUGGAAGGACAAGAAAUAGAGGAUAGUUUCACAAUGAAGCGCCAAGAGCAGGAUCUCCUAAAUUUUCAAAAUGAGGAGCUGAAACAAGGUUCGCAAAAUGCACAACGUGAACGUGAAUUGUUAGCGCUUAAACAAGAAUCAGAUCACAUAAACGAAGAACAAAAAAAAUUAAUGCAAGCUGCACAAGUAGACGCUGAUCGCAUACGUGCGUUCAAGGAUUCACAGUUUGACAUUUCUAGUGCCCCUCUACGUGUUGAUGAAAUGCAAUUUGACAUCCAAAUAGACGUCCCAAAACGUCCACUACAGGAUUCGUCAUAUGACAUAGACCUAGAUGACCCUUAUGCCAACACGGCGGAUAUCCUUAAAGACGAGUUAAAACCUUCAGACGACGAAGGCUUCUCAGGCCUGCCUAACACUAAUUUCGAUCUGAACUUUGCGCCGGAACGUAUCGGGCUUGACGGCUAUGAAGAUCCCGGGAUGCCUAGUGACUCUCCACGGAAGGCAAGUGAACGUGUAAUUAACCCAUUUAGCACAGAUGAAUGUCUUAACCCCUGGUCCGUUGACACUUCCUCCACUGAUAUAAUCAACCCACCCCCCUCCUCAGUCCCAGUCACCGACCAUCUGCCCCCGCCUCGAACCGUCCGGGAAAUGCUCUACUGGUUUGUUGGAUUAAAUACACAAGGACUUAUUGCUAAGAUUGAAAGCCAUAUUAAAAGCAUUUUGAAUGAUAUCAGCAAUGAUGCUUCCCAGUCUCCAUAUGCCAUCGAGGUCACCGGAUAUCCCACCGCGCUGACCGCCUCCAUGGUCACCUCCAAACUGACCGAGGCGUGUCUCUACUCAGCCACCGUUAUCUACAAAAUUAGGCAUAACAAUGACUUCAAAGCGUUUUCAACCUUCGACUUCAAAUCAGAAUAUACUAAGUUUUGUUACUCCCCCGACGCCGCCUCUCUCCUCUGCCAGCUGCGUGACUACGUGUACGCCUGCCACUACCAGUUGGAGUUCCUCAAGUCGCAGUGUAAUCGGGAUAAACUAAGUGGUGGUUGGAAAAAUGAUGAGUACGGCAGCGACAUAACUUCUCUCAACUCCCCCCUCCAGGCGUUCCUGACUGACGACUGGGACUCCGACUUCGAGACGCACCUCUUCGACCCUUGCAACCUGUGCCUCAAGAGCAGGGUGAGAAUGGGAUUCAGGGAUGAAGAUCUGCCUAAUCUAUCGCAAUCCGGCAGUGUCAUUUCCACCAUCCUCACUCCCAGCUGCGGCGGUGACGACCCCUUGCUUACACUGUCCUCCUACCUCAACUGCCUCACCAAUCCACGUAUUCUCCGCACAACCAACCUAUAA